CAACAUGUUGUUUUGAAACAUACACUCCAGAAAAAAUUCAAAAAUUAAAAAAAAGAAAAACACACGUUUAAAUUAAAGAAAAAAAAACCAACACAUUUUUUUAUAAAUUGCCAAAUAAAGAAACGUUAUAUUUUUUUUAUAAAAAAAUAUUUUCUAAACAAAGUGAAGUCAGCUUGUUGUUUGAUACAAAAGAGAAUUUUUGUGAAUAUUUUUUUGCACAAUUAAGCUUUUUGAAAAAGCCCUGAAGCAAUGUGACUUAAUUAAAGGAAAACCCCUGUGCUUUUUGUAAAAAAAAAAACAAAAAAUAUCCAUGUGUAUAUGUGUUUAUUGUGAAAGAAGAAAUUCCAGUGAACAACUAUCCUAGACCUAAAGAAAAGUUGGUGGAAAUCAACAACCCAGAAAGAGAAAAAAAAAACAAAAGAAAAUCUAACGUGUUUUAAGCCAAUUAAACGUCAAAUAAGGCACAUCAAAUAUUUAAAAGAAAGACUAUUUUUAACUUGGAGAAAAAUAUAUACGCAAGACUAGAAAAAAGAAAACAAAAGGAAAACUAAACAAAAUAACCAAGAACUGAAUUGGAUAUUGGAAAAAAUACUCGGGUAGAGCAAAACAGAAAAAUAAUUAUAAAAAAAAGGAAAAAAGAACACCCGAUGGCAACAUUAGCAAUAGAACAAAAUAACGCCCACUUAAGAGUAACGUCGACGAACACGGCCAACGGCAAUAGCCAAAUAAACGCUAAAGCCAACGCUAACGUCAACGCUCUCUGUAGUAAGCCCAUUAAAAUCCCCCUGAAUCAAAGCGAACGCUUCUCCACGCAACUAUCCACAGGUUCUGCUGAUAGUGCUUGUGUCGUUAUUGCCAGUAGCAGCAGCAAUAAUGGUGGCCAUACACCUCGCUCUUCCUUUGCUUCUUUGACAGCAGCCAGUCGCAACAAGGAUGAUUCUAUUACCCAACGCAGUGCCUCGUUAAGCUUACAUGGCGCCGCUCAUCCUAAAUGCCAGUUGCAAAAACUUAAGCAACCCGCCUAUCGUCAAUUGCUGUCGCAAGACAGUGGCAUUGACAAUGAUCGAGAUUCGGCCGUGGGUUCCCAGCAGCAGUUGAAAUCAGCAAAUUGCUCCUCAUCAAGCAAUGAAUCUAUUGGGGCCAAUUCUUCGGGGGAUUUGUCUCACUCAAAAUACUCAGAGGAUAAUCUAGAAUCAGAGUCCUCAAGUGGUUAUUCGGGCAGUACCCAUAGCUUUGGGGCCCUUAACAAUAAUGCAACACGUAGAAUAAAAUACAAAUCCUGUAACAGCUCAACCACCUUGGGCUUGGGUCUGGAAGAUCGCAUAGAUGAAGUCGAGGAUUUGCAUUUGGAUGAUGAUGAUGAUGAGGUUGAUGGUGAAAAUCCCGCCUUGAUUGUUGGCGAGGAAGAGGAUCCCGACGAUAGUGGUUUGCAGAUGUGUGUAAGCCCCAACCCUGGAGGUGUUGCCUUAGUCAAUGAUGUCAGCAAAGAGUCGACUUCCUUGGAGGCGGUAGCCACCAAAAGCAGCCACAAAACUCAUGCAGCAAACGAAAAAUCCAAGGAAGAGAUAGCGCUUAGCAAGAAAAAUGCAGGACAAGUAUUGGCCACAGAUGGCAACUACUAUUUCCCCUUGCUAAAUAUAUCUGAUGAUCCAGUUAUCAAUCCAAAAUUGAUCAACAAAAAGGAUGGAUUGCAGGAUUGCAUGUAUUACCUGGAUGAAUUUGGUAGUCCCAAAUUACGUGAAAAAUAUGCCCGCAAACAAAAAGUCAAAGAGUUGAAACAGCAAAAACAAAAGGCAAAGAAAAAGUUGUCAGAGGAAACGAAAGCGGCGACGACGACGGCCACGACAGCCCCAAUUGUCCCAAAAACAACAACAACAACAACCAAAAAACGUCAUUGCACCUUCACCACACAAGAAUGUCAAGAAGCUGAAGAAUUACAGCCACUGCAUCCAUCCCACACAACACAACCUCAACCCCAACCUGCUGCACCAUCCUCAUCAGUCCCUCAUAAAAACCUUAAUAAUAACAAAUCCAAAAACACAUUAGAAACUCACUGUGAUACUAAAGAAAAUAGUCAUUUAAGUUACGAUAAGAAGUCUGCUGAUAGCUGUAAGACCCAAAAGAAGGAUAACGUUGAUGCAAUUACUGUAGCCGUUGCCUCUGAGGCACGUGCCGAUGAUGACACUGUUGUUGAUGAGGAUGAUGCCGCCAACAAUGAAGAUGGUGGUGGUCCCUGCGAUGAUGAUCCCUGCAAUUUGCGUAAAGCCUCAAUGACACCAUCCUGUGUGAGCUGGACAAAAGUUAUGAAGAAAUUCAAAAAUAUGUUAGGCAGAGAUGGCUCAAAAAUUACCACAGUUGUUGCCACUCCCGGCCAAGGUACCGAUCGUGUACAAGAAGUUUCCUACACAGAUACAAAGGUGAUUGGCAAUGGCAGUUUUGGCGUUGUCUUUCAGGCAAAACUAUGCGAUACCGGUGAACUGGUAGCCAUAAAGAAAGUUUUACAAGACAGACGAUUUAAGAAUCGUGAGCUGCAAAUUAUGCGUAAAUUGGAGCAUUGUAAUAUUGUAAAACUUUUGUAUUUCUUCUAUUCGAGUGGUGAAAAGUUAGCGGAAUUUCCCAUUGAUGUGGGGAUACUAGCUUCGGUUCUGAAACCACAGCGUGACGAAGUGUUUUUGAAUUUAGUACUCGAAUAUAUACCAGAAACCGUAUAUAAAGUGGCGCGUCAAUAUGCUAAAACUAAGCAAACAAUACCCAUUAACUUUAUAAGGCUUUACAUGUAUCAAUUGUUCAGAAGUUUGGCUUACAUACAUUCAUUGGGUAUUUGUCAUCGUGAUAUUAAACCACAAAAUUUGCUGUUGGAUCCAGAGACCGCUGUAUUGAAAUUAUGCGAUUUUGGCAGUGCUAAACAAUUGUUACAUGGAGAACCAAAUGUCUCAUAUAUCUGUUCACGAUACUAUCGUGCACCCGAAUUGAUAUUUGGCGCAAUAAAUUAUACCACAAAAAUUGAUGUGUGGAGCGCCGGUUGUGUAUUAGCAGAAUUACUUUUGGGCCAACCCAUAUUCCCCGGCGAUUCCGGUGUCGAUCAAUUGGUUGAGGUUAUCAAAGUUUUGGGCACACCUACACGAGAACAAAUUCGUGAAAUGAAUCCCAAUUACACGGAAUUCAAGUUCCCACAAAUUAAAAGUCAUCCAUGGCAGAAAGUUUUCCGUAUACGCACUCCACCAGAAGCUAUAAAUUUGGUAUCGCAACUUUUGGAAUAUACACCAAGUGCACGUAUAACACCAUUGAAAGCAUGUGCCCAUCCAUUCUUCGAUGAACUGCGCCAAGAAGGUAAUCAUACAUUACCAAAUGGAAGGGAAAUGCCGCCACUAUUCAAUUUUACAGAACAUGAACUUUCAAUACAACCAAGUUUAAUACCACAAUUGUUGCCAAAACAUCUGCAGAAUAGCGCACACCGUACUGCUGGCGCUGGUGGUGAAGGUGGUGGUGCAACAGCUUCCGCUGCUGCUGGUUCAUCCUCAGCAAAUGCCACAAGUGCAGCUGCUACGGCCAAUAAUACUACGCCGGGAGCUGCAGCGCAAGCAGCUACAGGUUCACAAUCCUCGGCGGGUAAUGCAACAAAUGCCUCAGCAUCAUCGGGUACGUCCAGUAAUAAUAAUGCCGCAUCAAAUGCAAAUACAACCAGUGGUAAUGGCGGUUCAGCAUCACAGACGCCCGGCUCCUCCACGGCGGCCACACAACCGGACUCACAAGCCAAUACGGAUAAUGCCACAACUACAUCGGGCACAUCGGCAGCCGCUGCCAGCGGUGGUGGCACACAAACACAACAGUCAGCGACGACAAUGGGUUAGCGAGAUUAAAUCGUAGCAGCAACAAUAAUAACAACAACAACAUCAACAAUACUACAAAAGCAGCAGCAACAUGGAACAACAUGUUCUACUCUUCGCUGUUACUGGCGAGGCGACAACAAACAACACUUGCUGAGUGGUUGCGCUUUCCCCAGCUGAUUCUGAUUGAAUGAAUGGUUAGGUGGCAAUGAAAAGAUGACAAACAAUUGCAAUGAGGCAAUUUUUCUUCUUUAAUAUAUAUUAAAUAAUUAAUUACUAUUAUUAUUAUUAUGAUUAUUAUUAUGAUUAUUAUUAUAUUAUUAUUUUUUUAAUUGAUUAAUAUAAUUCGAUAUAUAUAAAAAAAAAACAAACAAAAAGAAAACACAAAAACAAAACGGUAAAAAACAAAGAACAAUUUAUAUAUGAAAACAAGAAAAAAUUAUAAAAAUUUAUAAUUAAUUUAAACAAAAACAAAAUCCAACAUUAACAAUAACAUUAAAAAUAAAAAUAAAAACAAACAACACAAAACAAAAUACACUUUAAAUAAAAGAAAGAAGCAAAAAAAAAAUACAAGAAAAAAUAACAAAAACAAAACCACAAAAAUUAAUUCAAUGAAACAGAAGCCACAAUUCAAAACCAAUCAAUAAAUGGAUCCUAACUCUACUUCCCUACAACUACAAUACCUAGCAACCUAUCCCCUCUCCAUAACUUCCUUUAGGGAAUAUUUGAAACAAAGCAACAGCAUCCUACUAUGUACUACUACUACUACUGCUACCAUCCACUGAUGGUUGUUGGUCCAUGUCAUGAUUAACAACAGCAAAACAGCUCCCGCGACCCCCCCUCCCCCUCCCAUUAUUUAUAUACAUAUUAUAUAUAAUAGCAAAAAAUCUUUAAAAAAAUCGAACUUAAUAAGGAUUCUUAAAAGAAAACAAAACAAAAAGCACCUAAACGAUUUGAAACUAAAGCUAAAAUUCUUUAAUGUUUUUGUUUACUUAAAAAAGGAAAGAAACAUCUCUAGAAUGAUUAAAAAUAAAAGAAAAAACUAAACAGUAAAACUAUUUUCUAAUCAAAAAUUUAGACAGUUUGUGGACCUUAGGGGCCUUUUCCUUCUAUGAAAUUUUAAUUUUAACGAAUUCUGCAUUUCUUUAUGGUAUUUUCUUUUUAAAUUUCAUAAAGGUUUACACGUAUCACUAAAAAAAGGGACAUCAUCAUAUUGGCCAAGUUUCCGCAAUGUUCUGCUUGAGCCUUCUUCAAUUCAUUUAAUAUUUUAGAGUAUUAUGUUAAUAAAAAAAAACCCCUUAAAACAACAAAUGUUGUUUCCUUUCCAUCGACAUUUAUAUCACACAUACAUAUGUCCAUAUAUCAUCUGUUGGUCCCCUUGGAUAUCCAUGAUUUGAAUUGUCUCUUCGUUUUCGUUUCCUAUGGUUUGCUACUAAGUAGGUUUUACUAGUUUUGUCCAGAUCAUCUAUCACGAUAUUCUAUUUUCAGGUUACUUAAGUGUACAUGUUAGCCCAUAAGUUAGCUAAGCUUUUAGAUUAUCUAACAGAACUCCCUAAAUAUACGGAGUAUAGCAUUAAUACAUUUUUUUUGUUGUACCAUUUCGCUGGGGUUUAUACGUUAAUAUUUUUGAAUAUUUUUCUUUUUUUUGGAAAUUAUUUAAAAUUUAUUUUAGAAAACGGAAAACUUGUUGUUUUUUUAGCUCUAAAAUAAUUUUAAAACCAUAAAAAUAUUUUAUAGUUGAUGUUUAAACAAAAUUAUCAAGUAUUCUUUUAAGAAAAACCGAAAAAUACACAAUGCGAUUUUAUCUUAAGUAGAACAUAUGGCAAUUUUAUUUAGAACCCUAAUGGAUUUUCAAAAGAAUUUUUAUAAUAAUGAAUUUUUGGCUCACAAAAAAAAAGCUGAAAAUGUUGCCAAUAAUUUCACAACCAUUCUAGUAAAGGGUAACACCAUUGUCUUUUCAUAAAAUUUUUUUCUUUAGAGACAAUUUCUUAGAAAUCUUGUCUUUAGAGAAAAUUUGUUAAAAAUUUUGUCUUUCCUAUAAAUUUUGUCUUUAGAGAAAAUUUGUUAAAAAUUUUGUCUUUAGAGAAAAUUUAUUAGAAGAAAUUUUUCUUUGGAGAAAAUUUUUCAGGAAUUUUGUCUUUGGAGAAAAUUUCUUAGCAAUUUGGCUUAAGAGAAAUUUUCUUAGAAAUUUUGUCUUUAGUGAAAAUUUCUUAGAAAUUUUGUCUUUGGAGAAAAUUUCUUAGAAAUUUUGAUUUUUUUGCAUAAUUUUAAUUUUUAGCCGAUCUCAUAAUAGACUUCCAAGCGUCUCGAUCUACUGCGCUCCUUUUCCAAUUUUUGACAUCCAAUUUGGUUUUUCCAUCGAAGUUUUUGCCUUCUCCUUCUACAUUUACCUGUCUAAGAAACGCGGUUCUGUUGAGAGGUAUUAGGAAGAUAUAUUCAUUUACAGGUAGUGGCAGUUGCCCAACAACAAAAUAUUGAGUGCACUAUUUGUCAAAAUCAGUGAUUAGUGCAACUCUGACUUCUAGUAUGUUACAAGUUCGUACCAUUUUUCGUUGUUUGUGUGUGUAAUGGUUCUUAACUAUAAUACACACACAAUCAAAACUGGUGGACAGAUAGUGCACUUCACGAGAAAAAAAUUUUAAUUAGCUGUUUACGGUACACUAAUUGCUAAAUUUCUCGAAGUUAUAGGUUAGGUUGAAAAGAUGUUGCGGAUAUUAAUCAGCCCCAUACCACUAUGGAUAUACACCUAAGCCAGUAAUCAAAAUGCAGGCUUGUUGUGCGCUCUAAAUACUAAAAAGUAACCUCGAAAAACAACAUGUAAGUCAGCAAUUUCGUGCUGCUUACAAAAUCCCUAAUUGUUUCCUUGAAGUUAUAGUUCCCAACAAUCUCCUUUUGCCCUAGUUUACAUAACAUUACGAACGUUGAUACCAUCCAUUUUGUUUUAUCUGCAUUUACUGCCAGGACCAAUUUAACUGGCUUAUUUUCCAUAUUUUAUUGCAUUUGACAACCGAACAAUAAUAUCGAUGUCGUCGACAUACGUGUGAAUAGUUUGAUGAACCUAUUUACACCUGCAUUUCGAAUAAUAUCCUCUAGCGGGCUAUUACAAGGAUCGCAAGUUAAGCUGGGCCGAAUUACCGCAUUCGUGAUCGGGAGUGCUUUCGUAUCUGGUAUUUUAUGGAUGUUAUACCACUUUUGCACAAAUUUAAUGUUACAUUUUUUAUAAAUCAUGAUCGAUUUGAACAUUUGCGCUCUUAAAUUUUACAAACUCUGUUGCAAUAAAGAACUACAUAAUUCACAAUUGUAGUACAAACUAUAUUUCAAAAGUACCUCAAAAGUGUCGAUUCGGCUAGGCAAUGAGAAAUGCACUCCCAAACGUUUGCAGUGUUAUUGCAUAUACGACAAUUAGACAAAUACAUUUAAAAAAAAUAAUACCUCUCUAAUCACUAAAGGGAAAGAGGAGCUUAAACAACUUUGUGUUUAUCUUAUUCAUGUAAUACAGAUGUAAAGCGCCUCUCAUCUGAGAGAUGUUUAACGGGUCUUUCUCUCUCUCGGCACAAGCAAUAAGUUCUCACCUCCUUUAACAUAUUGUUUUUCACCACAUUUGAUGUGUUUCUCACCAUAUUUGUAUGAAGCUCGGGUGUUUUCUUAUGUUAAAGCCAUACAUAAUUGGUUUACAAAUAUGUAACGAAAUAGGAAACACACCAAAAUGAAAAUGUGAUUGUAUGUGUAAGAAUAACUUAGUGCUGGAUUAUUGAUUUCAGUAGCUCUUAUUCAUUCAUUUCUCUUAACAGAGAAUCUGGCAUACGUGGUUGUUAUAGUUAGCUGGUAAAAUUAAUCCAGUAAAGUACGGGAAAUGGAAUGGAAGCUGCAAUCCAUAAUCGACCCAUUAUACAUGCAGCAUUUCUUUGGAAACUGUUGUGGUGCUUUCACCUCUUACUUCCCUUCAACAGUUUCGAUUAUGGAUUGUAACUAAACUAUUGUUGCGUUGGAAAUAAAACCAUGAUGUUAAAAAUAACUAUAGAGUUGCCACAUUCACUUGAUAAUGGGUCGGUUAUGGAUGGCAACCUUACGCGAUUGAAGGCGUUGUCAGUUGACAAAUUUGCAUUACCGGUGGAAACCACUUUUUGUAGUUGCUCUGUUGUUUUUUAUUAAUAAAUAAGCAGUGAAAUUAAAAGGAAAUUAUUUUUUUUUGUGUUCAAAUUGUUCAAAUUUUACAAAUGUGCUGGUGUUUGUAGGCUUCACCUUGAUUAAAACACCCACAUGUCAAUAAUUCUUGACGUUAAUAAUAAUGGAGGCAAUCGCAAAUGAAGCCCGGGUUGUGCGUGUGCAAUAAAAGAAAAGCAGCCAAAGGAAACCUUUGAAAAGAGCAGCAAACGGCGACAUAAAAUAAUCGUUUACAAGGCAAUAAAUAAAUAGAUAGUCAAAUGUUUAUUCAUCGUAUUUCACAACUUCUAGCAUUUUUUGUGGUGGUUUGAUUGUUUAUACAUUUUCAUGCUGUGGGACUGCGAAAAUUCUAUUACCGUCAUCAAUUGACAUUGGUUGCGUUGUCAGACAACCACACAACUGAACGUUGAUUGCAUCCAUAAUCGACCCCUACGUAGUUUGUAAAAAAGUUUAUGCAAUUCAAAACAAAAAAUAAUGGAGAUUUCUAUAACAAAUUUGCCUGGCAAAACGUAUGAAUAAAUGAAUUAAAAAAAAACCACUGACACCUGUUAGUAUUUUACAAACGGCCAUGGUGAAACAAUUAAAGGUGGUCUCAUUUGUACAACAACAACAAAUCAUAUGGUGCAAUCUGCCAUCUUACCAUUAAGCUGAUCGACGUUUUUCCAAUACACUCAAAGAAAUGUGCGUGCGUGUGCGUACAUGAACAGAGAAUAUGCGAAAAAGGAGAUAACAACAAAGAGAAUGCAAACAAAAAUCUGACAACUUAAUACCGUCAAAACUGGUUGGCUGUAAACAGCUGUUCGCGUGAGACCAACAGAUCCGCCUUGGCAAAGGGCAAACAAAAUUCGUUGUUCAAAAUUUCAGAAAAAUCUGCUAAUAAUAAUGGUGAGUAUUUUUUUCUGUCCACAACAAAUACGUCAAAGGAGAAGUGUUUACAUUUUUUUGCCAGAAAUGGGCAAUUUUUUUCUUUGAAGAAAAAUCAACGGUAAAUUAUGAUUUUUUACGACAUUUUUUUAUUAUAACCACUAAUUGCCUUUCUGCUAAUUUAUGAGAGAUAAGCUACACUUAAAACGUAAGAAAAAGUAUUAAGCCUUCCAAUGGCAAUGAAGAGCAGACCCUACGUUUCUGACUUCACUUGACUUCUUGAGCCUCCAGAGGGUGUUAUUAUUAUCCGACUUUGCUGAAAUUUUGUACGACUUCUCCUAUGACCUUCAACAUACGUGUUAAAUAUGGUCCUUUGUUUGCCUAAAAAGAGAUAUCGGGAAAAGAACUCGACAAAUGCGAUAUAUGGUGUAGGUUGCAUUUACUUGUUGGAACCUACAUAUAACAGUUUGAUUCAAACAUUAGGGGUGGGAUCUUCUCAUCUGAGACGUAGUAAAGCUUGCAGAACAAUUCAUAACAGAGAUGCGUCGCGUUGAAAAAUGCAAAUCUGCAAACAAAUGUUUAAAAAGCUCGCAAAAGUUAAACAAUCUUAAAUUUUGGAUACUAAAAACAUGUCUUCACGUGGGGCAACAUAGAAUGACGCAUUUUUCAUGCGUCAAAGUUGAAAAUUUUUUAACUUUUCCCCGUUGCUUUUGUGGAAUUUGUGUACAGAGUAGCAUUUUUGCAACGCGACGCUUCAAAACCAAAGCUCAACGCUUUGAGGUGAGAUUUUAAAAUUUUAAGAGCGUAUUGGGCCGCGCUCUUCUCAGCUGAGACCUAACAAGACUUGCAGAACAACUUACAAAAGAGAAGCUUCUCUUCAGUUGCACAUGUGAGAUGUGUACUCUAUUUCAGCCUUAAGCUGAGUAUACUGUUCAACUUUUCAGGCGGAAUGCUGUCAAACACCAUAUUAAAAAAAAACGUCGGCGAAACGUCGGCUAAAAAUAGACGGAAAAGUAAUACUCUGUUUAUAGCGAGGAAAAUGGCAAAAAACUACUAUAGUGGCAACACUUAAAAUUAUUGCCAGCAUCAUUUUUAUUUGUUUAUUGUUUUCAGUGGUUCGCUUUUCUUUAUUUAUUUGAGAAAAAGUAUAUACAAUAGAGAAAACAAUACGUGCAAAUAAUGAAACGGGUUUUCGUAUGGAAACAAAAACAUUUGAUUGCUGUCAAAUUUCGCUCUCGAAACAGUUAAAAAUUUCAGUGACUAUUCCGAAAGCAGAAUAGAAUACCAACCCUUAGACAGGCCAAAUUUUGAUGUAGCAUUUGUUCUCUUCAAUUUUUCAUAAAUUUUCUUGCGAUAAACCCCAGUUUAUAAUAAUUUUGCAACAUAUGUUUGGAACCUAUUAAGAAACAAUUCAUUCUCAUCACAUAUACAGCCAGCACCACCAGGACUGUGUCUUUCAAACAAUAUGCCAUCGUUUGCUUGAUGUAUACAGAUAGAAAACCGACGCGGUUCAUCAUAAAUACCACUCGUUAUUAUUAUUUCUAAUAUCAAAAGGCGGUUAAAGCUUUAUGAUAUGUAUAGCAAACGAAGCCAAUACUGCAUAGAAGCGUUAACAACAGUUUUGCUAUGAUUUUUUUUCUGAUGUAUAGCCAAACAGCUGUUUUUUGUUUACAUUACAAGCCGUUCGUGCAACGCCAUCUUAAUCAAAGACAAUUGAGUACUAAAGAUGAACCUUCUUUCCGUUUGUUUCUUUCGUUACAGUCAACUCAAGAGAGAAAAUAAAAGGAAAUGAGUGAACAUAAGAACUUAUAAUAACAAAAUUAAAUUAACCAAAAGAUGCUAACAACAAAAUUAAAAUGUGUUUUGUAAAAAGAAUUUUACGUCGAAAAGCAAAAAAAUUACCACAAUCGAUUGAAGAAUCAAGAUAUAUUCAUUUACAGGUAGUGGCAGAGUGCACUAUCUUUCAAAAUCAGUUAUUAGUGCAUCUUUGAUUUUGUGUAUGUUACUAUUUCGCGCCAUUUUUCGUUGUUUGUGUGUUAUGGUUCUCAACUAUAAUACACACACACAACCAAAACUCAUUGACAGAUAGUGCACUUCGCAAAAAAAAUUGUACUCAGCUGUUUACGGUACACUACCUGGUAAUUUUGUCAUGUGAAGAAUUGCUAGAUCACUUUCAUUCUCUCUUUUCUUCGUUUAUUUCUAAUCUUUGCACCUGGCGCCUUUAGAAAGAGUCGGAAAACACAUCUUUAGUAUUGAACAUCUGUGGUCUUAGUGGCUUUGGCUGAUAAUAGUUUUUUUCUCAGAAAGUUAAUUUGAAUUUGUAUUAAAGAGACUUUAAUAUAAAUUCAAAUAAAAAAAUCAAAUCAAAGUGAUUUCGAAAUUUCCUUUUAGUCAUUUCGAACUAAAUAUCUAAAUCUUUUUUGUUUUUGUAUAAGUAUAUAACAUUCUAAAAUAAUGGUUUACAGACUAAUAAUAUCCUUAUAGAAAAAAAAUCAAAAAAAGUAAAAACAAAAUUCAAAAAUAUUAGAAAAAUAACAAGAAAAAUUUCAACAAAAAAUUACGGCACAUUUUUAUUGAUAUUUAAAAAGAAUAAAAAAAAAAGAAAAAUAUGCAGCCAGAUAAGAAUAAAAAAACAAAUAAAACCUACAACCUCUCUCCCCUGCCCCUCUCUCCUUGCCCUAACUGUAUUAAUUGUGAAAGAACCUACAAGAAAACUUAAGUUUGCAAUUGUUUUUUGUUUUGUUUUAAACUAUCUUAACAUAUAUAUUUCUUUAGAAAAUUAUGCUCUACACAACAGACAUUUAAAAAGAAAAACAAAAACA